CUGGCAUCUGAUUGUUCGGCUGUCAGCCUGCCAGCAGGAGGUGUACUCGACAUCGCGGGGAGAGGCACCAUCACCCUUACCCAGGCUGCCGUCUUCACCCCAGAAUGCACCCAAUCAUCACUACCUGUCGCCGUUGCCAACACGGGCAUAUUAGAAGUCCAAGAGAAGGCCAGCGACAGCACCUCAGCCUUUGAGGUUCGAGAUCCUUUUUACGCCUCGACCUUUCCUCAAUGCUAUGCCCUCGCCGCGACCACCGUUAUCGCGUACACGCUGGUUAUCAUGUUGCUCAUCACGCCACGAUCGUUUCUUGACGGCGGUGUGGUCGUGCUCGGAAGGGGGGGCUUCACGAGUGGUGGGACAGGCGGCCAGAAUAUCGGAGGCCGUCCCUGGCUGCAGAAGAUGGCCGCUACUUUUGUUGCCGUGUCCAUGACCAUCGCGACGGUCGACACCUUCCGAGUCGCCGAGCAGCAGUAUGCUGGUGGAUACCAGAACGCCUCGGUGAUGCAGGCCGACGUGCUGGGGAGCACGGAGCUCAAGGUCAUCAAGAUCAUAUCCGAGGCCUUCCUGUGGCUCGCACAGGCCCAGACCCUCAUCAGACUCUUCCCCCGGCAGCGGGAGAAGAUCAUCAUCAAGUGGACUGCCUUUGCAUUGAUCGCCUUUGGUGUCCUCUUCGACUCCCUCAACAGUUUCAUGUACACGACCGCAGGCGCUACACGCCCUCGCUCCUUCACCGACGCCAUCCCCGCGCUCAGUUAUCUCUUUCAGCUCUCGCUUGGGGUUCUCUACGCCGCCUGGGUUGUCUACUACUCCUUCAUGAAGAAACACUACGCGUACUACCACCCGCAGAUGCGCAACAUCGGACUUGUGGCCUUGCUCUCGGUCACGGCAGUCCUGGUCCCGAUCGUGUUCUUCAUCUUGGAUAUCUGCAAGCCGGACUUUACCAGCUGGGGUGAUUAUGUGCGCUGGGUUGGGGGUGCGGCAGCCAGCACCAUAGUGUGGGAGUGGGUGGAACGAAUCGAGGCACUAGAAAGAGAAGAGAAGAAGGACGGCAUCCUGGGCCGAGAGGUGUUUGACGGGGACGAGAUGCUGGGCAUGUCAGUGUCGGAAUACUCGUGGCCGCGAAAAAGGAGGAACACGAAGCGAGACGACGAUGACGACGACGGCGGAGAGAGCGGUCAUGCGACCAGGGCGAGGGCCGCCCCGACCUCCUCGGAUGGGAAGAGCGGCCCUUGGCCAUUGGUGUCGUCGAUAGCCUCUCGAUACCGGCAGAGGUCGAGGUCCAGGCCUCGCGACGACGGAGCGGGUGCUGAAGCUGGGACGCGCGGGGCUGCCAGGGGCGACAGGGGCGAGAGGAGCGGCACAAUUCGGUUUCUGCAGCCGCCACUGUGGCCGACAAGACCGCCACCGGCUGCGACACCAGUGUCUAGGACCGACACGGCAAGUGCGGCCAGCACCGUCUAUGCGGUGCACUACCAACCAAUGGCCGACACAACCACUGGAGCGGCACCCGAUGCUCGCCCAGACUCCACAAUCGGAGCCCUGCCUGCCGCCCCUUCAGUCACACCCAGCCAGUCUGCCAGCCAAGUUGCUGCUGGCCAGGCCGCCGGGCAGACCGCAGCUCACACCACCAACACCUCGACGCAGAGCGGUAGCAGGUUGCGGGGCUUGAGCCAGGCCACACAGCUGUUCCGCAUGCCGUCCAGGGGAAACAUGACCUCGACGGAGGCAUCCCACAAAGCGAGCGAGCCGAGCUCACAAGACAGCAGCGGCCGCCGCAACUUCAAGUCACGCUUCGAAGACUUUGCCGUGACCCGAGCAGAGAGGCUGCGGGAGCGGAUGAGGCCCGAGGUUGACACGAAAGCCCUGCCCGUGAGAGUGAUUCCAGCACCACCGCGAAGGGGUGCUGCGCUACAGCAGCUUCGGCAGGAGCAG